UCGUGGGUGGGACUUGGAUCAGGAGUCUUCUCUCAACUAGAAAAAUUAGGGUUUCUGCCUCUGUCACUCCUCUCAAACAUUCCAACUUCAAUUUGGGUUUUUUAUUUUUAUUUUUAUUCAAGGAAACAUUUUUUAUCCCCAAUUCUCGUCUGGGUUUCUUGUGGCAAGUCGUGAACUUUGAUCCUAUGAUCUGGCUGUUCUUGAAUAGACCCCGCUUGUUGAUUUGAUGCUUGCCCUAACUGCUCGCUCUCUCUCACGCCCACACAGAGAUGAUGCAGAGGCAGCUCUUGAAGAAGCUCAGUUUCAGACCUCCCAAUGGCGUCACUCAAUUCAAUCAACGGAGAGAGAUGCACAGCAGGAACAAGAAGGCCAUGGAGUUGAUAGCCAAAGGGUGGAGUGCUUUAAAAGAAGUGGACAGAGUUGUCGAUUACUGCGAGCUUAAUGACCACCGCCUCAUCCCUCUGUUAAGGGCAGCAAAGGAAAACUUUGAGCUGGCUCUGGACGCUGACAAUUCAAACACCCAUGCCAGGUUUUGGUUGUCCAAACUGCAUUUGAAAUACCAUGUCCCGGGGGCUUGCAGAGCCACAGGAGCUGCUCUGUUAAUUGAAGCCGCGAAUAUGGGUGAUCCGGAUGCGCAGUAUGAACUAGGUUGUAAGCUUCGAGUCGAAAAUGAAUACGUCCAAUCGGAUCAAUAAGCUUUCCAUUAUCUGGAGAAGGCUGUGGACCAGCUGCACUCAGGUGCUCUUUGCUAAAAUAUGAAACUAUGAGAGAAUAUUUG